UUUCGUUUCUUUUUAUCAAACCAUGUCUUCAGCUUACGGAAUAAUUCCAAAACCCGUAUCAAAUAUCUCUUUGGAUACCAUCUUACCUAUCAGCAAAACAUUACGUAAUGGUACCAAGGCAACAUUACAACAAGUAGAUCCCAACAACCAGGCACUGGUGUCAGUAUUAAGACAUUUAGUCAAUUAUGAAAUCAACAUGGGAUCAACUUAUCCUCAAGAACAUGAAUUAGACGAAGAAGGUUUUACCAGUUACUUUUUAGCAUAUGAUUCUUUUGUACUUGUCAAAGAUGAUCCCAUUGUACCUGGAAAAGAAUAUGAUAUGCAUGAUAAAGUUUUAGGUUGUUUCUACGUCAAGCCUAAUUAUCCGGGAAGAUGUUCUCAUAUUGCAAAUGGUGGAUUUUUUGUAUCGACAGUUCAUAGAGGAUUUGGUGCUGGUAUAGCCAUGGGUGAAUCAUUUCCUCAAAUAGCCUCGGCAUUGGGAUAUCAAGCAUCUGUUUUCAAUCUCGUGUUUCAAAAUAAUGAAGCAUCUAUCAAGAUCUGGCGUCGGUUGGGCUUCAAAGAAGCUGGUCGCAUCCCUAAGGCUGGUCGCUUAGAAAAUAGUCCUGGGAAAUUGGUGGAUGCAAUUAUUUUUUACAAGGACUUUACAGAACAAAAUGAAGAAACUGAUGUUGACAAAUAAUAGUAUAUAUUAGUAGUUUGUAUUUGUAGUUCUUUGUUGGAAUAUUUAAUCAUCUUUAGAAAUUAUUAUUAUUAUUAUUAUUUUAAAUUUAUUGAUUUACUUGAAUACAGUGUCUUUGUAUCUACUAUUGAAA